UAGUAUCACCCUGGAUAAACAGUGCCAAAAUGUUUCAAUCUAAAGUGAUUAUUCUUAGCAGUGCCAUUUUUGUUUUGUGCAGCGCAGCAGCAAUUUUCGAUAAAAUAAAUAAAAAAUGUGACUUCAACGACAGCGAAUGUUUGCAAGCCUUAUAUAGUGGUAUACUAGCAGAGGCAACAAAUAAUGGCAUCCCAGAAUUAGGCGUGCCCAAAAUAGAUCCGUUUGAGUUGAAAAAUCAACAGAUAUCUAUUCUUGGAAUGAUAAACAUUAUAAUAGCAGAAGGAACAGCCAAAGGAUUUAAAAACUGCGUUGGAAAUGGUUUUCAGAAUGACGUAGAAUCUCUAAGUACCAAAGUAAGCCUCAUUUGUGAAAACUUCUCCGUAAGUGGAAAGUAUAAGAUUGAAGUCACUCCAGUACUGAAAGCAAUUAUCGGAACUAUUGAUAUUCAUGGAGAAGGACAAGGUUCAGUUGCGAUUGAAAAAAUCAAACUGGACCUUGAUAUUGCCUACGGAGUUUUGAAAAAUGAGAAUGGUGACAUUCGUUUCGUGAUGAAACCAGAAGACACUACGUAUACUUUUGACUUUUUGGGAAACGUGAAGUUUGCAGCUGAUAGUGUAUUCAUUGGAUCACAAGAUAUUAGUACUGUGACGACCAAUAUCUUAAAUGAGAAUUGGGAAUUCAUCGCCAAGACUUUCGGAAAAUCUGUCAUGGACUUGGCCUUGGUAGUUUUCAACGAUAAUGCACAAAAAGUUCUUGACGCCUUACCUGUCAAGGACGUGAUCAGUACUGACUUAACUCCUUACGUGAAGAGCUAAGACAAAACAAUUUAUAAUUAAAUUUAAUCAACAUGUUAUGUAUUUGUAAAUGAUUGAUCUGCUAUAAAAGUACCUAUGCAUUUCUUUAGGAUUGAAAUAAAAAGUAAGUGAUUUAUUUGGCUCAUUUUCA